AUGAUUAAAAUUAAAAAGAAAGCAAAAAAUCAUUUUGAUCCAUUUUCAUCUCAUCCUUUAUCGGUCCGGAAGAAGGAGUAUUUCCGUUUUGGAAUAAGAAUUGUUUACUUAACAAUCCAUUCCAAAAUUUACACAUCAGCUCAAAAUUCAGAUUUAAAGACGAUAUUUGAAAUGAAUCUGAUCAUGCUAGUUAUGGAAUUGACCAAAGUUAUUAUUGCAAUAGAAAUUGUCUAUAGCAUUUUAAUAAAGCCUUCCUCACGUACAGACAUUGGGUUUGCUGGAUUGAGAAGACAUUAUAUACAAGGCGGAAAUUUGUUUUUGUUGAAUUUGAGCACAAUGGGCAUUCCUUAUGAUAAGUUAGAUCAGUUGUCCAGUUCUGGUGUGAUUGGUCGACACUUUAAUUAUGUUACUAUUAAUCAAAUGGUUCCAAUAGAAAUUAGUGAACUUGAGGGAAUUAGUAAUUAA